AUUUAAUCAAAUUAUUGACAGUUGUCAGUGUAUUAUACACAUAAAUACUGUAGCCGUAGAAAGAUAGAGACAGCGUUCGGCUUGAGACUGAGCCAGAAAAGAUUAAAAAAACAAAGCAUUAAUUCUAACACACACACACAUGCUCACACAAAAAAAACCACACACCUACACUCAUGCAGUAUUAAUUUAAUGAAGAGGAGGAAACCCCCCGAUAGUACAAGUGUGUUUUAAAUGCGGUUUGGCUUUUGACACUACGCCGCGCGUUGGCGGCCCACAGGCUUGCUGAUGCUGAUUCUUAACUUACUUGCUUUAUCGGAAAUCGAUCACAGUGAUCAGUUCGAGUGCAGGUCUGGUGCGGUUAGGUUGUUGUGUAAAUGCACUAAAUUGUAACAGUUAAUAAUUGCUACCGACAAGACAGUGCUUUCGUGGUUAUUCUCUCUUGUAAUAUAAUUACAAGAAAUCUUUUUUUUAAACAAACAUUCAAAAUGCCGAAAAAUCGCCGAUUCGAUGACACAGGUUGCAUGGGCUUUGGUAUUCGCCAUUUUCAAGCCUUCCUCAUCUUCGCUGGUCUAUCAGUCGCCUAUGCGUUGCGUGUCAAUCUAUCAGUUGCCAUUGUCGUUAUGACCGACAACUCGGAAAAUCCAGAUUUUGAGCAAUUUGAUUGGAAUGAAAGGACAAGAUCACUUUUACUGAGCAGUUUCUUCUGGGGCUACAUUAUUACACAGGUACCCGGUGGUUCAUUGGCGCGUAAAUUUGGCGGUAAGACGACAUUGCUCUUUGGCGUUCUGAUCUGCUCCGUACUGGCCAUAUUGACACCCAUUUUUGCACAAAUUGGCGGUUGGCAGUUGGUGUGUGCGUUACGUGUCGCACAAGGUCUAAGCCAGGGUAUGAUCUUUCCCUCAACACAUACGUUACUCUCGCAGUGGGCACCAAUUGAGGAGCGUGGCAACAUCGGCACAUACUGUUAUUCGGGCUCACAAUUCGGUACCGUUGUUAUGAUGGCAACAAGCGGUGUGAUCGCUUCAUCGGCAUUAGGUUGGCCCAGCAUUUUCUAUCUGUCUGGUGGUGUUGGUGUUAUAUGGGCCAUUGCCUUUUUCAUAUGGGGUUCUAGUUCACCGGCACAAUCCAAAUUGAUUUCACCGGAAGAGAAGAAAUUCAUUGAACAAUCAAUUGGUGUUGAUGCUGCUGAAGAGCAUCAUGCACCAGUGCGUACACCAUGGGUGAAAUUCUUCACCACUCCCGCAUUCUUAGUAUUGAUUUUGACACAUAGCACACAUAACUGGGGCUUCUGGACACUGCUCACUGAAAUACCCACAUAUAUGCAGAAUGUAUUUAACAUGAAUAUCAGAUCGAAUGCGCUACUCUCUGCCCUGCCCUAUUUUGCUAUGUUCCUCAUGUGCUUCGUCUUCUCGAGCAUCUCAUCGCUUUUGAAUAAGAAUCAAUGCAUGCCAUUGUCAGUGAGCAGGAAACUUUUCAAUUCGAUUGGCCAUUGGAUACCAGUGAUAUCGCUAAUUGGUUUGGGUUAUGUCAGCACGGAUGAUGCCACGUGGACCAUCGUACUACUCACCGUAACUGUUGGCAUCAAUGCCUCAACUUAUUUGGGCUUCCAGGUUAAUCACAUAGAUUUAUCGCCUAACUAUGCCGGCAUAUUGAUGGGUAUCACCAAUUGCGCGGCGAAUAUUAUGAGUAUUAUAGCGCCGCUGAUUGUCGGCUUCAUCGUCACCGAUGAGCGUGAUGCAGGUCAAUGGCGUAUCAUCUUCUUCAUUGCUAGCGGUUUCUAUUUCAUCGGCAAUUUGAUGUUCGUCCUCUUCGGUCGCACCGAAGUGCAACCAUGGAACGAGCCACAGCCAAAGCCUUCACCGGAGAAACGCAAUUCAACACAACUUGAGUCACAGCAUUAGAUACGUGGGUGCUCUGUACAGUAGUGUAGUUUUACCUCGUUUUAUUUGAUUUUAAUUUUUUUUUCUUUACUGUUCGUAUCAAUAUGAUACAUUGUUAUCGCUUGUCUGCAUUUGUCUGUGUAUAAUGUAAGUUGUUAAAAUUUCGACUUUGUAGCAAAUACUUGAUAAAAGUAGAAUAUAAAUAUCAAAAUUAUGUAUCAUAAUUUAGCUGAGUGAUAAAACAAAAUCAAUGUAAUUUAAGUUUAAGUUUAAAGAAGAAGAAGUAAAAAAAAUAAAAAUAAUAUACAAUGAAAAACAAUAAAAGAAUAUAAAAAAUAAUAAAAUGCUUAACAAAACUUUAAUUGA